CUGGAGGCAGAUGUUACCUCUCUCUCUCGCUCCGAUUGGUUCAGCGCACUCUAGAAACACUGCUGUGGUGGAGAAACUGGACCCCAGGGUCUGGAGCGAAUUCCAGCCUGCAGGGCUGAUAAGCGAGGCAUUAGUGAGAUUGAGAGAGACUUUACCCCGCCGUGGUGGUUGGAGGGCGCGCAGUAGAGCAGCAGCACAGGCGCGAGUCCCGGGAGGCCGGCUCUGCUCGCGCCGAGAUGUGGAAUCUCCUUCACGAAACCGACUCGGCUGUGGCCACCGCGCGCCGCCCGCGCUGGCUGUGCGCUGGGGCGCUGGUGCUGGCGGGUGGCUUCUUUCUCCUCGGCUUCCUCUUCGUAAUUUUACACAGAUACCACAUUUAGCAGGAACAGAACAAAACUUUCAGCUUGCAAAGCAAAUUCAAUCCCAGUGGAAAGAAUUUGGCCUGGAUGCUGUUGAGCUAGCUCAUUAUGAUGUCCUGUUGUCCUAUCCAAAUAAGACUCAUCCCAACUACAUCUCAAUAAUUAAUGAAGAUGGAAAUGAGAUUUUCAACACAUCAUUAUUUGAACCACCUCCUCCAGGAUAUGAAAAUGUUUCGGAUAUUGUACCACCUUUCAGUGCUUUCUCUCCUCAAGGAAUGCCAGAGGGUGAUCUAGUGUAUGUUAACUAUGCACGAACUGAAGACUUCUUUAAAUUGGAACAGGACAUGAAAAUCAAUUGCUCUGGGAAAAUUGUAAUUGCCAGAUAUGGGAAAGUUUUCAGAGGAAAUAAGGUUAAAAAUGCCCAGCUGGCAGGGGCCAAAGGAGUCAUUCUCUAUUCAGACCCUGCUGACUACUUUGCUCCUGGGGUGAAGUCCUAUCCAGACGGUUGGAAUCUUCCUGGAGGUGGUGUCCAGCGUGGAAAUAUCCUAAAUCUGAAUGGUGCAGGAGACCCUCUCACACCAGGUUACCCAGCAAAUGAAUAUGCUUAUAGGCAUGGAAUUGCAGAGGCUGCUGGUCUUCCAAGUAUUCCUGUUCAUCCAAUUGGAUACUAUGAUGCACAGAAGCUCCUAGAAAAAAUGGGUGGCUCAGCACCACCAGAUAGCAGCUGGAGAGGAAGUCUCAAAGUGCCCUACAAUGUUGGACCUGGCUUUACUGGAAACUUUUCUACACAAAAAGUCAAGAUGCACAUCCACUCUACCAAUGAAGUGACGAGAAUUUACAAUGUGAUAGGUACUCUCAGAGGAGCAGUGGAACCAGACAGAUAUGUCAUUCUGGGAGGUCACCGGGACUCAUGGGUGUUUGGUGGUAUUGACCCUCAGAGUGGAGCAGCUGUUGUUCAUGAAAUUGUGAGGAGCUUUGGAACACUGAAAAAGGAAGGGUGGAGACCUAGAAGAACAAUUUUGUUUGCAAGCUGGGAUGCAGAAGAAUUUGGUCUUCUUGGUUCUACUGAGUGGGCAGAGGAGAAUUCAAGACUCCUUCAAGAGCGUGGCGUGGCUUAUAUUAAUGCUGACUCGUCUAUAGAAGGAAACUACACUCUGAGAGUUGAUUGUACACCGCUGAUGUACAGCUUGGUAUACAACCUAACAAAAGAGCUGAAAAGCCCUGAUGAAGGCUUUGAAGGCAAAUCUCUUUAUGAAAGUUGGACUAAAAAAAGUCCUUCCCCAGAGUUCAGUGGCAUGCCCAGGAUAAGCAAAUUGGGAUCUGGAAAUGAUUUUGAGGUGUUCUUCCAACGACUUGGAAUUGCUUCAGGCAGAGCACGGUAUACUAAAAAUUGGGAAACAAACAAAUUCAGCGGCUAUCCACUGUAUCACAGUGUCUAUGAAACAUAUGAGUUGGUGGAAAAGUUUUAUGAUCCAAUGUUUAAAUAUCACCUCACUGUGGCCCAGGUUCGAGGAGGGAUGGUGUUUGAGCUAGCCAACUCCAUAGCGCUCCCUUUUGAUUGUCGAUAUUAUGCUGUAGUUUUAAGAAAGUAUGCUGACAAAAUCUACAAUAUUUCUAUGAAACAUCCACAGGAAAUGAAGACAUACAGUGUAUCAUUUGAUUCACUUUUUUCUGCAGUAAAGAAUUUUACAGAAAUUGCUUCCAAGUUCAGUGAGAGACUCCAGGACUUUGACAAAAGCAAUGUAUAUCACCUUGGAUCGUAAGAUAUGCAGUAAUCACAAGCUUCUGUUCGAAGACCUGAGGCAUUUGCAAUGCAGCCUUGAUGAUACAGACAUGUUCUGUAAUCCAACAAGUACACAGUAUACUUCUUCAUGGGGAGCUCAGAUCCUCAGCUCUGGCAAAUAUUACUGGGAGGUGGAUGUGAAAGACUCUUGUAAUUGGGUUACAGGACUUUGCAGAGAAGCCUGGACAAAGAGGAAUGACAUGUGACUUGACUCUGAGGGUAUCUUUCUACUCCUGUGUCUUAAAGUGGAUGACCAUUUCAGUCUCUUCUCUACCUCCCCACUGUUACCUCACUAUGUUCCAAGGCCCCAAGGCUGGCUAGGGGUGUUCCUGGAUUAUGAAUGUGGGGUAGUGAGCUUUGUUAAUGUUGCCCAAAGUUCCCUCAUUUGUAGUUUCCUCUCAUGCAUCUUCUAUUUUCCUCUCAGACCUUUCAUUUGCCAUGGAUCUAAAUAAUCAGGGACAGGUCACAAACCUAACCAAGGCCUUGGGAAUUCUAAUAGCAGAGGAGGCUCCUAUUCUGGUUACUUUCUUAAUGGGGAAAAUCAGUCAUAUCUCAUUACCUUUUACUUCAUUUUACCUCCUGGGUAUAUAUUUAUUGUAUCAUUUUUUAAAGUGUUGAUAAUGUACAUUUGUCAUUUCUAUUUUAUUUGAAUAGAUGUAAUGUCUCUUAUUAUAUUGUUUAGGAUGCAUGUUCUUUUAAAUUGCUAUCAAAGCGUACUAGAGGUAAAAGAAUACAUGAGCAUGAAAACCCAGCUAACUGAGUCAAAUUAAAGCACAGACAAGUUGCCUUCCAGAUAGCCCUUAUUCAAAACUCAGCGUCAGCCUAAAAUUCUCUAUUCCCUGCCUUCAUCUGGAUAAAACUUUCCCUUCACCAGUUCCCACCUUUCUGAACUAGACGAGGUCUCAGAUGUCAAGAAUGGCUCAUACAUUUCCUCUGUAAAACUCCUAACAGAAUUUGGGUCUUUUUCCAAGUUUGUAAAUUACAAAAAGGGAAUGCCAAUGAUAGUUCUUCUCAUUCAUUAUAGGAAUAAGAAACAGUCUGAUGAUAUGAGAGAUAUUCAAGAAAUAUGUAAGUAAUUAAAUGAAUAAACGUGUAAAAUUAUUAAAAUCAAAAGCUAUAGAACCAACAAAAAUAUACUACAGUAUAGCUAUAAUUAGCAAGACAGAACAGGCUGAGAAAUAUCAUUACAUAAAGGAUACAUAGAUAUGGUACCAUGGUACUUAAGCCUUCUUGUUCAAUUGAACCUUUAUCAUUUUGUAAUGCUCUUCUUUAUUGUUUUUGGUUUAAAGUCUUUUUUAUCUUAUGUAAGAAUAGAUGCUCCUGCAUUUUUUUGUUUUUAUUUGCAUGGUAGAUCUUUCUCCGUCCUUUACUUUGAGCCUGUGGAUUAUAUAUGAGAUGGAUUAUAUAUGAGAUGGAUUAUAUAUGAGAUGGAUCAUUAUAUAUGAGAUGGAUCUCUCAAAACCAAAUACACUUGGGUCUUGUCUUUUUAUUCAGUUUGCCACUCUGUGCCUUUUAAUUGUGGAGUUUAGAUCAUUUACAUUUAGGAUUUGUAUUGAUAUGUGAGAUUUUGAUCCUGUCAUCAUGCUGUCAGCUGGUUGUUUUGUAGAGUUGAUUGUAUAGUUGCUUUAUAGUGUCUGUUAGCUAUAUGGUUUACUCAAUAUUUUGGUCUCUUUCAGCAGGAAUGGAGCUUUCCGUU